AUGGUUAAGCGCUGUAACUAUCCAUCUGCUGCUGUCGAGGAAAGGCUCGUGUGCGACCGGUUCGUCGUCGGCCUCCGCGACUCCCGUCUCUCGGACCAGCUGUGCCGGAACGCGAAGUUGACACUCCAGGACGCUUGGACACAAGCCCGUCAAUUCGAAGACGCCGACAGGGAAAAGGCGUUGCCCCAGAACCGCUCCGAGCACUCCCGCGAGCUCAACCUCGACGCCACAAAAGCUAACAAGUUCCUCUCUGGGCGUCGCUCCGGCGCUAAGCCUCGUUCGCCGCAGCCGCAAGCAGAGUGCUCACGCGAGCCGUCCACAUGCGAAUUCUGCGGCCGCGCGCCUCAUCGACGUUCAGACUGCCCGGCCCGACGCUCCGCCUGCAACUUCUGCAAAAAGAAAGGCCACUUUGCCGAAGUAUGCCGCUCGCGGAAGUUCAAACAGUACAAGCUCAGCUCCGUUCACCUGCACGCCGUCGCGACGCCCGGCGCGGCAAAGUUCGUCGACGUCACCGUUGACGACUACACAGCCCAGUUCAAGGUUGACUCCGGAGCCGAAGUAUCUUCCGUUCCCAGCGACUUUCCUACGUUGCCCGACAAACUCGACCAAGUCGACACUCUGCUCACUGGCCCGGGAGGACAGCCACUGCGCGUGCUGGGCUCGUAUGUGGCACGACUUCAGUGGCAAGGGAAAACAAGCUGUCAGCGCCUCUACGAGAUCCAGUCUCUCACUGUACCUCUUCUGGGACUGCCAGCGCUCCAAGCCCUCCAAGUAGUUCGAUUUCUUGAUCAAGACUUCAAAAGCGACGCUGCACGCCGAGCUCUUCAAUGGAUUGGGCACCCUCAAGGACGAAUACAACAUAUUCGGUUGAAACCUGAUGCCUUACCUUUCUCGCUAAGCGUACCUCGCAGGAUCCCCAUCCCGCUGCUCGAGAUCGUUCACCGCGAGCUGGACAAAUUGGAAAGCGCAGGCGUGAUCCGUAGGGUCAACAAGCCAACACCAUGGUGCUCGGGUCUCGUCGUCUUCCGGAAAGGCGAUGAUUCCUACCGGCUCUGCGUCGACUUGACUCAACUGAACAAGGUCGUCCUCCGGGAACGACACAUUCUACCAACUGUCGAGCAAGUUCUUGGCCUCCUCGGCGAUGCAACAGUUUUUUCGAAGCUGGACGCGACCGCCAGCUUCCACCAGGUGAAGCUCUCUAACGACUCCCAAGAGCUUACGGCAUUCAUCACCCCAUAUGGCCGAUACUGCUUCUGCCGGCUCCCCUUUGGCAUCACCUCCGCACCAGAGUACUUCCAAAAGCAGAUGGCAAGAAUCCUGGAGGGCCAAGGAGUCGCCAAUAUGAUAGAUGAUAUUUUGGUUUUUGGACGCGCCCGCCAGGAACAUGACGCCAGACUGAGCCAGGUGCUAUCUCGCCUUGCGAAAGCAGGUAUCACAUUGAACCAGGACAAGUGUCAUUUUGGGUUACCCGAGGUCUCCUCCCUCGGAGUCGUCGUCUCAGCACAUGGCAUCAGGCCAGAUCCGGGCAAGGUCGAAGCAGUCAAAGCCAUGGAAGCUCCAACGGACGUCGCCGACGUUAGAAGACUGCUCGGAAUGCACGAGCAAAAGGCAGCAUUCAAGAAAAUCAAGGAACUCUUGACGUCAGACAGGUGCAUGGCCAAGUACCACCUGUCGUACGCCACUACGGUGUCUGCAGAUGCAAGCUCAUUCGGACUCGGCGCAGUUUUGCUACAGACGCAACCCUCAGGAGAGCGCCGCCCAGUCGCGUUCGCUUCGAGGUCAAUGACUGAGACCGAGCAGCGUUACAGCCAGACUGAAAAAGAAGCAUUGGCAACGACGUGGGCUAUCCAAAGGUUCGACAAGUUCGUCCGUGGCAUCCCCUUCGACGUCGAGAGUGACCACCUGCCACUCGUUUCACUUCUGGGCAAGAUAGAACUGGACAUGUUGCCGCCUCGUAUUCAGAGACUACGGCUGAAGACCAUGCGAUACCAGUUCCCACAGGUAGUCGGCUGCACGUCGGAAGUCUUGCCACUCAGCCCUAAAGACGUGCGACAGGCACAAGAGUCCGAUGGCGAGUGCAAGGCCCUCGCCUCCUACUGCCAGCAUGGUUGGCCACAAAAGACCAAGAUACCACUGCACCUCUCAAAGUGCACCUCUGUGGCAGACGAGCUCUCUGUCUGCGACGGUGUUCUGCUGAAAGGCGCCCAGAUAGUCAUCCCAUCGUCCCUUCGGCCAGCGGUCUUGACGCUGUUGCACGAAGGUCAUAAGGGCAUCAACAGGACCAAAGCCCUAGCUCGGGAGUCAGUUUGGUGGCCUGGUAUCUCGGCAGACAUCGCCUCUCUCGUCGCCGACUCUGAACAGUGCGCUUCCACCCGCGUGAACAUUGCCGAGCCCCUCUCUACGGCCCUACCUGGACAUCCCUGGGAAUUCCUUGGAAUGGACUUGUUCAACCUCAACAGCCAGACGUUCAUCCUGGUGGUGGACUAUUCCUCAAGGCUUCCUGAGGUGGUGAGCCUGGGGAGCACGACAGCUCAGGCAGUCAUCGAUGCUCUCGAAUCCAUCUUUGCCCGCCAUGGAAUCCCGCAAGAAGUCAGGUCAAACAACGGCCCACCGUUCUCGUCGCAAGAGUUCGCUGCCUAUCGGGAUACUCCGGGAGUCGACGGCUUUAGUCCAGAACUCAGAACCAGAGUCCUUAAGCAAGACUCCCAGUUAUGUCCCAACUGGCCCCCAACGAAAGAAGUCGUCGCCAAGGAUGUUACUUACGAGCAGAAGCAGGCCGACAACUACAACAGGCAUCAUGGAGCUCGAGACUUACCGCCACUCCAAACAGGUCAGCGUGUCUGGGUGCGACCUGAUCAAGUGCAGGCUACGGUCCUCAGUCCGGGGCAAAGACCAAGAAGCUACGUGGUCGAAACGGAGCGAGGUGGCACCCUACAGCGCAACCGGCGUCACCUAGUGCCUUUUGGGCCUACUGCCUGCGGAGAGGAACCACCACCACUGCAGCAAGUUCGCUGUCAGGAACCUCAGCCUGCCAAUAUCGUGGAAUCAACGGUCCCCCUCGGACAGUCGGUGCAACAGUCCUCUGCAGUCAGGGACCGCAGCGACGGUGUGAUACGAACACGUUACGGCCGGCCUGUUGUUACGCCGCGCCGUUUGAACUUGUGA